CUCUCUCUACCCUCUCUCUCUGCAAGUUGUUUGCAUUUCCAGUACUGUUCUCACUUGAAGCCUGUGACCCUCGUUUCAGUUCUUGGUUGAUCAUGAGUAUUUGUCGUCUUCGAACUGAUAUAGAAGUUCAUGUGCCUCUUCCGUGCGUUGUUGAUUCUGGAAAGUUAAUCCGUUUUGCUGAUAGUGUGUAGCGGUUGAUGGGCAGUGGUCGUUUUUUCCUAUGAUUGCUCACAAUAAGAAUGGCUCGUUCCUCAAUCGACGAGGUCUCUGAAUCCGGUGCUUUUGUUAGAACGCCUUCCGCAUUCCAUAAUUUUAUUUCUCAGGAUCCAAGUUCUCCUUUCCCUGCCGAAUCCGGAAGAUACCAUCUUUAUGUGUCAUUUGCUUGUCCCUGGGCAUGCAGGUGCCUUGCAUACUUGAAGAUUAAAGGGCUUGACAAGAUCAUUGGCCAUACGGUAGUCAAAUCGAAGUGGGAGAGAACAAAAGAUGGUGACACACAUAUUGGAUGGGUCUUCCCAGCUUCCAAAACUGAAGAACCUGGAGCAGAGCCUGACCCUAUAAAUGGAGCUGGAAGUGUGAGAGAACUUUAUGAGAUUGCAAGUACGGUCUACUCUGGAAAAUAUUCAGUUCCUGUUCUGUGGGAUAAGAAUCUGAAGACAAUCGUCAACAAUGAGAGCUCAGAGAUCAUUCGCAUGCUUAAUUCUGAGUUCAAUGGUUUAGCAGAGAAUGCUGAUCUCAACCUUUAUCCUCCUCACUUGCAAGCCCAGAUAGACGAAGCUAAUGGAUGGAUAUACGACUGUAUAAACAAUGGAGUUUAUAAAUGUGGGUUUGCCAAACAGCAGGAGCCUUACGAAGAGGCUGUGGAGAAGUUAUACAAAGCUCUGGACAAAUGCGAACAAAUACUUAGCAAGCAGCACUAUAUUUGUGGCAAUAUACUAACCGAGACGGAUAUCCGGUUGUUCGUCACACUUAUAAGAUUUGAUGAGGUCUAUGCAGUUCUUUUCAAGUGUAACAAAAAACUUAUACGGGAGUAUCCGAAUUUGUUCAACUACACAAAGGACAUCUUUCAAAUCCCAGGCAUGAGUAGCACCAUCAACAUGGAUCACAUCAAGCUCAACUAUUACGGAAGCCAUCCUUCAAUGGAUCCAUUGGGUGUUAUCCCUAUUGGCCCCAACAUUGAUUAUUUUUCUUCUCAUGACAGAGGAAGGUUCUCUCUAUCAAAAUGAUAACAUCUAAGGAAGUUCAAGGUUUUGACGUUUGGUUCCAUGUGUUGUGAAGAAACAAACCAGAGAUAACUGUAUUCUGGCAGUCACCUUAAGAAAGUCAGUCCUAGUUAUCCUCGA